UGUAUCCCUGCUCCGAAAGAAAGGCGACCCUUGGAUGAGAUGCUGUAGAAGAACCCCUAGCCGUAGAUGCAACUGCCUAAACUUUUAAUAAUUUAUUUACGGGAUUCCUUGCUUUUUCCCAGCUCCGAUGUGCUAAACUCUUUUAUAAUCCUCCCCCGUCCAUGAAAAUUUUGCUCCUUUACUUAUUAGGUAGUUAAAAGAAUAAGGCUUCAUUCUCUCUUACUCUAGGCAUGGCGAGUGAAGAAUUGCAGGAAGCUAAUCUUUACAAUCAGCCUCAGCCUCUGCCUCCUGCGCCUGCUCCGACCAUUCUACCUCAGUAUCCAGAGAUGAUUUUGGCGGCAAUUGAAGCACUUGGAGGGUCAAACAAGUCGUCGAUCUUGAGGCACAUCGAAGCCGCAUACGGCACGCUACCCCCAGCGCACUCCGCCCUCCUCACCCACCACCUCAACAAGAUGAGGUCGUCUGGCCAGCUACAUUUCAUCAAGAACAACUACCUCAUCCCCGACCCCAAUUCCCCACCUCGCCGCGGCCGCGGCCGCCCUCCCAAGCCCAAAACUCCUCUCCCGCCGGGAGUUGUUCUCCUGCCUCCUCGCCCCCGCGGCCGUCCCCCCAAGUCCCGCGACACUCCGCCCACCACUGCCACUACCACUACCAAUCUUUCAGGGAAAAAACGCGGCCGACCGCCCAAGGCUGUUGCUGUUGUUGGUGCUUGUGUAGCUCCAGCCGUGACUCGUGGUCGGGGAAGGCCGCCCAAAGUGAAGCCUGCGGCCACCGCUCCCGUAGGUGCUUGAUUCAAACAAGAGAGACUUUCUUUGUUUAACUUUUAAUUUACUCUUUCUUCUUUCACUUGCUACUUUGAGUCAAUUUAAUUUAGAUUAGCUAGGAUGGUGAAUCUCACUCAAUUGGUAAUUUCUUCUUGUAAAUUUAAUUUGAUGGGUUGGAAUGAUAUGCGAUUCUCACUUUUAAUGAGAAAUAAGAAAAAAGAUUUCUCGUUUUAA